CACACAGUGUCAUGUCAUUUUCGAUUUACGCGCGGAGUUCAAUCUCACAAACAUAAACUUCCCGCCACGAACCGCCAACAGCUGACUUUGCACGAUGCUAUGAGAAGCGGUCACGGGAAAUGUCAUGUGCAGUCCCAUAUGGUGAGAACCGUGUUGCAUACAGAAGACUUUGCCGACCUGCCCAUUUAUCUUCGAAAGGAAUUCUGAAUUAAUGGAAUUCUUUACCAUUACUGAUCCAUCAGACUGGCCAUCAAGCAUGCCGGAGUUAAAGACCAUAGAUACUCUACUGAGAUGUGGUAUCUGCUACGAGUUCUUUGACAUAGCUAUGAUCCUUCCAAAGUGCUCUCAUAACUAUUGCUCCAUAUGCAUCCGUCGCUACAUGAACUACAAGAACCAGUGUCCGACUUGCAACACACCUGCAGAAGCAUCACAGCUGUGUGCCAACAGAAGCCUAGAUCAGCUUGUUGCAAAUUUCAAAGUUGUCAGACCUCUUAUUCUAAAACUCUGCAAAGAGGAGGCUAAGAAGACUGGCAAGAACAUCUUACUUAGUCCUCAAAGUGAACCAGCUGGGGGAAAGAAAAAACCCACUCCGGGGACCUUGCGAAGUCCUCCCAGAGAGCAGAAUGUUGGAAAGAAAACUAAGAAGAGCAGUCCUUUCUUGAAGGAAUCCAGUAAUGAUAGUGAUAGCGACUUCACUGCAGUAGAACCAAAGAAAUGUCUAGUGUGGAAACACAAGAAGGAGUAUACAGGUGAAUUGAUGAUUCUCUGUUUUCUUAGACGAUCAAACUACCAGAACACCAGAGACAAAAUAUCCAGCCAUGCAUCUGACCUUGGAUCUUCAUCAGCUGCAUCUCCCCAAAAAACCGCUUCCUCAAUUGAAGAAGAUCUGUUGAUGGAGCCAGGUGGAUCAACAGAAACCUCUUCCUCCACUCUCAAUAAAUCCAAUGAAGAGAAUAUUGAUCCCACAUACCAGGUACCUAAUGACGGGGAUCUCAGCGAUGAAGAUGUAUUUGCUGUAGUGACACCUUCCAAGCCAUCCACUAGCCGAGGACUGACAAGUGUACAUGUAGGAUCAGCAGCAGAGAAGAAUGAAACACCAAUCACCCGAAGUGAAAAGGUUGAAUGUCCUGUAUGUGGAGUGCCUAUUUCCUCCAAGCACAUCAACGUUCACCUUGACUCGUGUCUUACUAAGAGUGAAGAAAAAGAAGCCAAAAGAAGAAUGCCAAAAAGGAAGCCUUUGCCUAAAAUUGUCUCCAGCUUGCUGUCGGAUAAAGAGAUGAGGAAGAAACUAAGAGAAUAUGGACUUAGCUCUCAGGGGAACAGACAGAUUCUCAACAAGCGAUUGCUUGAGUACACCCUGAUGUACAAUGCACAUUGCGAUGCUGCAAAUCCUUUGCCAGUAGAAACCAUUGUCAGAGAAUUCAACAAGAUUGAUAAACUCAAGGGACAGCCUAAUCCCACUCAUGCUGAACAGAGACUAAAAGUAAAGAGAUCUCUUCCUGAAGACGAGAUAGCAAAAGCACAAAAAGAAUAUUUGAAAUCUCAUGGUGCGCAGUUUAAUGAUCUAAUAAAGAACAUCAGAGACCGUAAUCAGAACUCUAAGAAGUCAGGGAAAGCGGAAGCUGAAGAAGGGCCCAAACUUCCAUCUGUAACCAAGAUACCUCCAGCGACAAAGGAUGAUGCCAUGCCAGGGACAUCUUCAACCGACAGUGGACAUGAAGUUGUUGAAAAGAACAAUGAUGGUGCUGCCAGAACUCCUCCAAACCCAGAGGAACCCUUAAGUACUGGUAGAAUAGAUGUAAAAUCAACAGGACCAAGUGAUCAACUCUGCAGCUUAGACAACUCUGAUGUUCCGCCUAUGGACUCACAUGCAUCAACAGAAAACAUUGAUGUCACUGAGAGACAAGAAGGGGCCAAACUAAGCCGUCUAAAAUCAAAGAAGAGCAAGUAUUUCACAGAGUCCACCAAAGACAUUGAUGGCACAGACAGUCGGAUCUCAUCUCCAGAGGUGGAACUUCUAGUUGAGGAUAGAGAGGAGAGUGCAAUAAAGAAGUGCACUGUGGAGAGGACAGAAAUGGCAGGGAACUCUGAGGAACAGAUGGAUGUGACAGAGGAUGAGAUCAGCCCUGUCUUUGGUCAUUGUUCCAUUGGUAGCAGCAGUGGCAAAGCUCAGUCCAGUUCAUCUGUGAAGAAAUCAGAUAAUGAUGGUACUGAGAUGUUAGAUAAGCAGCAGGGAGAUGUUCUACCUAGUUCAGUACCACCUCCUCCCAACACCUUACUCCUGAAUGAUAUUGAUACUAUCUCAGAAGGAAGCAGCUUAGUCACUUUAGAGUCUUUCAGUGAAUCUGGUAGUCAUGGUGAUGUGCCUUCACCUGGGGACAUUAACUGUAUACCGGAGAGCCCUGAUGCAGUUCAAGAAAAGAAAAACAAGCGAACAAUUCGGAGGAAGCGUAAACCAGAAGUCAAUCCUGAUGAUGUGUUAGAGACAGGGAAGGAAACAAGACUAACGAGAUCACGAAAGAGGGGGAAAACAUCGGCUUACUGAUAAUCUCACAUCUAUAUGUGAUGCAACACCGACUGCAUGUUCAAUGGAUGAUAAUACUGAUUUGUAUAUGUUAAAGGCAAAACACACAUUGAAUAGUGAAUCUUUGUAAUUACGUAGAUAGAACAACACUGGUCACCUGACAAUGACAUUUGUUCCUUUAACACUUGCUCCAACUGAAAAUCCAAGCAUUAAGCCAAACAUAAACUUUAAA